AUGACGCCCCAACCUACUCGAAUCUCUUCGGUGCGACAACUGUACGACAAGGCCAGUGAAAUUCCCUAUCUUCUUUCUUCCCACACAGUCGCUGCGCAGUCUACUCCGAGGGUGGAGGUAGCCGCCUUCGUGCCUCGCGUACAGCGUCCCGAAGAUGAUAUAGAGAUUCACCAAGACCAGAAGGAGAACUUAGAACCGACACCUCAAGAGUCCGAUAGAGAGGGGGCGGAGGAGGAAGAUGUCUCAGUGGAAGUUGAUACCGAGGCCACUGAUGACAUAGAAAAUAUGGAGGAGGCGGUUGCAUCCAUUGACGCUGUGCUAGACGAGUCCCUUCACUCCAACGGGCCAUCGGAAGAGCAAGAGAGCAAGAUUCAGAAUGUAUAUCGCCGUUACCUUCGACAUUGCUCGAGCCCUGCGUUGGAUGCAGAAACUGAGGUGAUAUUCAUGACAUGCCUGAAGGAGACGCAGUCCUCUGGAUGGAGUCCGGGUUAUUACCGCCUCCAUUUCCUUGGACACUACUAUCUAGUCAUGGAGCCCCGUGCUCCGCCCCUUUGUCACAUCCCCAAAUGCACUGGUGUAAGGCAUACCCCACCAGUCCGCCGUUCCUGCCGGCCGUUUUAG